GCCGCUUAACUGACUGAGCCACCCAGGCGCCCCUAAGCAGGAUCAUUUCUAUGUCACAGCACCUUCCUGGGUAUUCUUGGCUCUGAAAAAUUAUUAAGGCCCAACCAAUAAUUGAUAUGGCUUGAUUCCCUUUCCUGUUUAUUAUGUGGAAUAUUCAUUUUUGUUUUAUUUUUUUAAGAGGCUUCAUUGAGAGGAAUAUAAGCUAGUAGAUAUUUUUAGAAGACCUUGAUAAAGGAAGGAGGUGGGCUGGAGAACCUAGGAAAGAACAUUCAUUGGGUGCUGAGGCCAUGCACACAAUCGGCACUUAGUAGAGGUAGAAUGAACCCAGUUUUAAAACAACUUUUUUAAAGACCCACAGUUGCCAAGUGGUAGAGAUGGAGAUCGAUUCAGGCCUGUCACUGUGCAUUUCUUUACUCUUACCAUGCUCUGCGUUCUUACACGUCCGUCAAUAGAACACUGAGGCUGCCCUGCCUGACGAUGUUCCCUGCAAGGGCUGAGCCCCAACUGCUAUCUGGGCCCACAGGGCGGGCCUGGUCAGCCAUCAGUGUCCUAGAAGAGGCCUACCUGGGGGAUGUACUUUACAUUAAAGCAGAGUUAGAGCCACUUCUAAAGGCCGCGCUUCAGUUUCCUCUGGAAAAACCCAAAUGGCUCACCUAUGGCUGGUUCCUAAAUGAAACUCUUACAUUUUAUCGAAGACUCUAACACGGCUGAAACACAGUAAUGUAUGAGCCUCGGGAUGGCAGUGCCACCCUCUCCCAACCUGAAUCAAUCACAGGCAUGUUCUUAAUUAGCCCCGGCUGGGGUUCUGAGAAGAUCUGGCCCAUGUAGUAGACUUUUUUACAUGUCCUGUUGGCUGUGACCCUCAUAGCCGCCCCUGGAGAUGGGAUGAGACAAAGAACAGAAGAAAAACUACACUUUGCAAAAGGAAGGAAAAAAUAAAGAUUGGAGCAGAGAUAAACUAGAGAACAGAAGAACAAUAGAGAAAAUCAACAAAAUUGACAAACUUUUCAAUUUACUAAGAAGAAAGAUACAAAUAACUUAAGUCAGAAAUAAAAGAGGGGACAUUACAGCCCAUUUAGUAGAAAUAAAAAGAAUUACAACAGUUGUGUGCCAACAAAUUGGAAACCUAGAUGAAAUGGAUCAUUCUUAGAAACACACCCCACCAAGGUGAACUGUGAAGAAAUAGAAAAUUGGAACAACUAAUAACCAGAAAAGAGAUUGAAUUAGUAAUCAAAACCUCUUAACAUGGGAUGCCCGGGUGGCUCAGUAGGUUAAAGCAUCCGACUCUUGGUUUCAGCUCAGGUCAUGAUCUCAUGGUCAUGGGUUAUGCUUGAGAUUCUCUCCCACUCCCCCAACUUGCACACUUUAAAAACAAAGACCAGAACCAGAUGGCUUCACUGGUGAAUUCUACCAAAUCUUCCCAAAAAUUGAAGAGGAGGGAACACUUCCAAACUCAUUCAAUGAGAGCAGCAUUCUCUGUUACCAAAACCACAGAUUAAUAUCCCUGAGGAUUGAUGCAAAGAUUCUAAACAAAAUAUUAGCAAACAAAAUUCAGCAACACAUUAAAAGGAUUAUAUACCACGACCAAUUGGAGUUUAUCUCAGGAAUGCAAGGGUGGUUCAACAUAAGAAAAUCAAUGUAAUACACAUUAAUAGAAUGAAGGGGAAAAAAGCUGGACAAAAUUCAACACAAGUUUGUGGUAAAAACACUUAAACUAGUAAUAGAAGGAAACUACCUUAAUAUAAUAAAGGCCAUAUACGAAAAGCCCCAAACUAACCUCAUACUCAGAGAUGAAAGACAAAGUUCUUCCUCUAAGACCAGAAACAAGACAAGGAUGCUUGUAAUUUUACCACUUCUACUCAACAUAGUAUUAGAAGUCCUACCUGAAACCAUCAGACAAGUAAAAGAAAUAAGAGAUAUCCAAAUUGGAAAGGAAGAAGUAAAAUUAUCUCUGUUCACAUUAUCUUAUAUGUAGAAAGCCGUAAGAUUUCCACAAGAAAAAUGUGGGAAUUAAUUAAUAAAUUCAGCAAAGUUGAAGGAUACAAAAAUCAGUGCACAAAAAUCAGUUGCAUUUCUAUAUAUUAGCAUUGAAAAAUCUGAAAAGAAAAUAUAAAAACUAAUUCCUCUUACAGUAACAUCAAAAAGAAUAAAAUACUUAGGAAUAAACUUAACCAAGGAGGUGAAAGACUUAUACACUGAAAACUACAACACAUUGCUUAAAGAAAUUAAAGACAAUAAAUGGAAAGAUAUCUCAUGUUCAUGGAUUAGAAGACUAUUGUUAGGAUGCUAAUACUACCCAAAGUGAUCUACAGGUUUAAUUCAACUCUUAAUGAAAAUUCCCAAAGUUGCAUUUUUGCAGAAAUAGAAAAAUCCAUCCUAAAAUUCAUAAGGAAUAUCCAGGGACCCCAAAUAAGCAAAGUAAUCUUGAAAAAUUACAAAGUUGGAGGUCUCCUACUUCCUUAUUUACUGCAUAGCUACAGCAGUCAAAAACUGUGGUACUGACCUAAAGACCCACACAUAUAGAGACCAAUGAAAGACAAUAGAGAGUCUAGAAAUCAAUCGUUGCAUAUAUAGUUAAAUGAUUUUUGACAAGGGUGCCAAGACCAAUGGGGAAAGGAUAGUCUUUACAGCAAGUGGAAAACCAGAUAUCCAUACGCACAAGAAUAAAGCUGGACCCUUCCUUUACACCACAUACAAAAAUUAACUCAGAAUGGAUCAAUGACCUAAAUGUAAGAGCUAACGCUAUAAAACUUGAGAAAACAUAGGGUAAAAGUUUCAUGACAUUGGAUUUGGCACUGAUUUCUUGGAUAUGACACCAAAACAUGGGAAACAGAAGUAAAAAUACAUUGGACAACACCAAAAUUCAAAACUGUGCAUCAAAGGACACAACCAACAGAAUGAAAAGAUAACCUAUGGAGUGAGAGAACAUAUUUGUAAAUCAUGCAUCUGGUAAGAGGUUAAUAUCCAGAAGAUAUAGAGAACUAAAAUGCAAUAGUGAAAAACCUGAAUAGACAUUCCUCCAAGGAAGAUAUACGAGUGGCCAAUAAGCAGAUGAAAAGAUGCUGAACAUCACCAGUCAUGGAAAUGCACAUCAAAACCACAGUGAGAUACUGCCUCACACCAGUUAGGAUGGCCACUAUCAAAAAUAAGGCAAAACAAAACAGAAAACAAGUGCUGACAAAGAUGUGGAGAAACUGGAACCCUUGUGCACUGCUGGUGGGAAUGUAAAAAUUGUACAGUCGCUAAUGGAAAACAGAACGGAGGUUCUUCAGAAAAUUAAACAUAGAAUAACCGUAUGAUCUAGCAAUCCCAUGUUCGUGGCAGCAUUUUUCACAACAGCCGAGAAGUGGAAGCAACCCAGAUGUCUAUUGGUGGAUGGAUGAAUAAAAUGUGGUGUAUGCGUAUGAUGGAGAAUUAUUCAGCCUUAAGUAAGAAAGAAAUUCUGACAUGUGCUGCAGCAUGGAUGAACCUUGAGGACACUAUGUUCCAUGAAAUUAGCCACAAAAACAGAGACAUUAUAUAAUUUCACUCAUAAGAGGUACCUAGAGUAGUCAAACUCAUAGAAAGUAGCAUGGGCUUGUCAGGGGUAGGGAGACAGGGAAUGGGGAGUUCUAUUUAAUGGGUAUAGCGUUUCAGUUUUGUAAGAUGGAAAGAGUCUUGGAGAUGGAUGGUGGUGAUGGGUGCACAAUAAUGUGAAUGUAUUUAACACUACUGAACUGUACAAUUAAAAAGAGGGUGAUAAAUUUUAUAUUUUGUGUAUUUUAUCACAAUUUUUAAAAAUUUGAAAAUAAGAGAUUCAGAGAAGGAAUUGGUUUAUCAAAUAAAAUUCAGUGAAGGGGCGCCUGGGUGGCUCAGCUGGUUAAGUGACUGCCUUCGGCUCAGGUCAUGGUCCCAGGGUCCUGGGAUAGAGCCCCGCAUCGGGCUCCCUGCUCAGUGGGGAGUCUGCUUCUCCCUCUCCCACUCCCCCUGCUUGUGUUCCUUCUCUCGCUGUCUCUGUCAAUUAAAUAAGUAAAUAAAAUCUUAAAAAAAAAUUUUUUUUUAAAUAAAAAUUCAGUGAAAACAAGUGGGGGAGACAAAGAAUAUAGUGAGGUAUGUCCUUUGUAAACCGUCACUGUCACUGCAGAGCCUGAAUCCUGGCCUGUCCCUGAAAGGGUCACCUCCCCGUGGCCUUGGGGUCAGCCUGACGUGCAGAGCGCUGGGGGUACCAUGAGCCCAGCAGACCUAGGCCCCGUCCCUGGCGCUGCCCCCACAGGUUCUGUGCCUGGAGCCUCGUCUCUGCCCCAUUAGCUUCCCCGUCCGCUCAGUGGGGUCCCACCACCCGUCUUUAAUGCGUGGGGCAGAUUUGGGAAGCAGACAUGGCACAGGGCCGGGCGGACGGUGCCUGGUCAUCGCUGGGAGGAAUCAGCCCCUGAAGGAGCGCCAUCCUCUGCAGCGUUCUGACCACGAUUUCUGUCCUUCCUCUAGGCCGGCUUGCCCAUUCGUGGGUGAGGGAUUUCUUCUCUUCCUUUGCAGCUGAAUCCCCGGAGUAAGGAAAGCUCAGCACUGUCUUCGCUGAGAACCCGCUCUGGCAUCCUGUAGCUCUUAUUCCAAAGCCCAGGCUUUUUCCAGUAGAACUGUUCUGAACCUCUCCAUUCUACAGGUCCUCAGCCCUGGUGGUACCCGCCCCAUCCUGGGCAGAGGACAUCACCUAUUUUGAGGAAAGGCCAGGCAACUCCGCAUGAACAUCCCUGUGGCCACCCAUCUGUCCCUUCUGAGGCAGGGCCCCCAUCACCACGCCUUCAGCACACUCUUUCCCACUGUCCCUGCUCCAUUUUUUUUUUUUUUUUUUUUUUUUUAAGGCUGCCUAUUUACCAGUCUAUUUCCCUUGACCUUCACGGCGAACGGGAGAGGGGAGAAUAUGUCUCAUUUCUUAUGUGGGGAAGGAACAUAAUUUUCCCUCUACCCGUAUUACUUCCUGUAGUAAAAGAUUAACAGGAGAGAAACACAAAAAUUUUAUAACGUGUGUAUCUCCUGCAUACAUGGCGAGACCCAGGGGAAAUGAGUAACUCCCUAAAUGGCCCGCACCCUCCCCUUAGGUACUAUCUCCAGCUAAAGACAAAAGAUGUUGGGGCCUCAGGAGCCAGGUGUGGGAGGUUUGCAGGCGAAGCACAGUGAACAAGGGUAAAGUUAUGCAUCUCUCAGUCUUUGCCUUGGGCACUGAUAGAGCUUCUAGAGAUGGGGAGCCAUCCUCCUCUUGCUGGUACAGUAGGGAGAUAACCUCACAAAUGGAGACACCCCUUAGAAAUGCAAAUGACUCUUCUAAAAAAUGGUCCCUUCUAACAGAGCUUCUCCUGUGUUUCUUAAAAAUAAUCAGCCUGAAGUAAUCCUCCUGCCAAAGAGGCAUAUUCUGGGGCGACAAACUCAGCUCCCCUGUGGCUCCCUGAGUGCCCUGCUGGCCUUUCCCUCUCCUUUGGUUGCUUCCUGUUCUCCCCUCAUGCUUUUGCUUCAGGGGACACGAAUCCCCUCUGUAAGCAUACUCCCUCUGUCCCCCAGCCAUGUCCAGCCCUCUCUGGGCCCACGACUGCCACCUUACUGGCUUUCUCGGCAACCUAAAACACACCCACAUCAUUGGUGCAAUAAACUCUUCUCAGCGCCCCUCUAAGCAAGUGGUUCCCGAACCUCCACUUCCAUCCCAUUUCACACUGAGCCUCUGGAAAGAUGAAGGGGCCGAGGGCCCUGUGAAAUGGCGGCAUGGUUGUUGCAGUGAGGGUUCCCCAAGAAGGAGACUCAAGAGGAACAGGCUCUUCUGGUCCUGCUUUCUCCCUAAAUACCACUCCAGUGACCCAUAAAGACAGAAGAUGAGGGAGGGCAACGAAAUUCUGGAAGACAGAAAAUGACUUAGCAGCCUGGAGAAACCAGACACCGGCAAGUCCCUGCGUGGUGCGAAGCCAGCAAGCAACUGCUGACCAGUACAGCAGACGGCCAGAGAAACUCCGGACCCAUGGGCCUAGGAAGAGGAGGGUCAGGGCAGAAACAGCAGGAAAGGGUGAAAGUCUGUAUAGGGAGCAGACACCCAGUCUCUUCUUCCCAGUAGGGAGCAGGUGAGACACUGUCCAGAGAGGCUUGGUACUGGGGACACUGGUCCCAGCUGGGGUGGGGUUGGGCGGCACCCAGAAAAUCGAGAUCGAAGGAAAUCUGCAUGCCUAUAGAGUCUGUUAUCUGACGUGCCCCCCCAGCCUGCACCGCCCAAACCUACUGAUCCCCCAAAAGAGGCUUGCCAACCAUCAGGCUCUCUCCCUCGCACACAGAGCCUUCAUUGCCUAUAUGAUGUCUGGAUUCUCAACAUGAAAGGCCCGUAGCCAAGGAUUACCAGUAUUUGAAGAAAACCUCUAAAGAAACAUGCACCAAAACAAAAAGCCAGGCAGGCAAAGAUGAAAACGUAAAACCACCACCCAAACCCAUGAUAAUUAAUACCUUCCCAAAGAUGAGAGGUGGCUUUGAGCUGGAAAAGAACUAUGAUGGCAAAAAGAGACACAAAUUCAUAGAAGGACUGAGAGUUAAGUAGAGUAUAAAGAAAAAAACCUGGAAAAAGGGAGGAGAGAGAGAAAAUGGGAAAAUUAAUCCAGGAUACACAAUACCUGAGUAUUAGGAGACCAGAAAGAGAACAAGAAGGUAGAAACAAGAAGGAAACUCCCCGUGGUCCAAGAUGGUGAGUUUUCAGAUAGAAAUUCCCAGCACAGUGAAUGAAGGAAGCCCACAAGAAGUGGGGUACCUGGGCGGCUCUGUUGGUUAAACAUCUGACUCUUGAUUUCAGCUUAGGUCAUGAUCUCAGGGUCAUGGGAUUGAGCCCCACGUUGGGCUCUGCGCUCAGCACGGAGUCUGCUUGAGGUUCUCUCUGUCCCUCUGCCUAUCCCCCCACUCGUGCUCUCGCUCGCUCUCAAGUAAAUCUUAAAAAAAACACACAUACACAAAAAAAUACACUGUAACCUCAGAAUCUGAGGGGAAAAAGGAAGACCUCACAAGUCUCCAGAGAGGAAAGCUCAAGUCCUGAACAGAGGAUGGUGGAGUCCAAUGGCACUGGACUUCUCAACAAGAACAUGGGAAACAGAAAACAAGAAUGCCUUUAAAGCUCUCAAGAAAACUGUUUCUAGAAUUCUCCACUGAGCCACACUGUUAAUUAAGGAUGGGAAAGAAUUAGCUUCAGCAAAAUGAGGGAGUUGAGGAAGAUGGGGCCACGGGAUGCGGGGGCUCAGGGAAGCCCUGGGUGGCAUGGCAGGACACGCCAUGAAUGGAACCCAGUCCCUGGUGGUAAAAAGAGACACAGGGGGUGCCUGACUGGCUCAGUCGGAAAAGCAUGCAACUCUUGAUCUUGGGGUCAUGGGUUUGAGCCCCGUGUUGGGUAUAGAGGUUACCUAAGUAAAUAAACUUAAAAAAACAAAAAAGAACAGAAAAAGCACCCAAAUGGCUGCAUUUUAGGCCAAGUCACUGAGUCAGGACUUUACAUCUAACCUAAUUAUACUUUCAGACUGCCUAGAAACGUAGUCUUAACCGGUCAAUCAGGAAUUUUCUGCUUUGCACUGAUGAAGUAAUCUGUCACGUGGGCCCUCCCCCAUCCCCCAGAGGAACAGGAGGUACAGGAGGUGACCUGCCUAGUAAGACUGCCACCUGAGGGAAGGUGACCUUGCCUGGAACAAUCCUUUUCUUUUGCUAAUAAAUUCCUUGCCCCACCUGCCUUCCCGUAAAAACCUUCCAUUUUGUACAGCAACUCAGAGCAUCCCCUCUAUGGGCCAGAUGGGAAGCUGCCGGAUUCAUGAAUUGAGUCAUAAAGGCAAUUAGAUCUUCACAUUUACUGAGUUCAGUUUUUGUUCUUUAACAGUGGUCAGGCCUGAAAGGAUGCUUGCAGCACUUUCGGAAAAUGAGAGGCUGAAUUACUGUCAGAGAAACUUGAGCAGAGGGGGAAAAAAGCUGCAAGCAAUUUUUAAUUCCAAGAAAAACAGAAAAGUUGUCCAAGAAAGGAAAUUAAUGAUGGUACACUCUGUGCCUUAUCUGAGAACAGUGUUUACAUAGUUCUGAUGCUGAAAUGAAUGCGGCUCUGCCCGAAACCGUGACAGGAGUCAAAGGGAGGGACGGAGGGACGCGGGGCAGGGCGGCGCGGCGCGCGUUCGGGGCUCGGGGCGUGGGGCGCAGCGCCUGUGGCGGGAACGAGCCCAGCCAGCAGGGAGCGCGGGCCUCCCGGGCAGGACGAGCUGGGCCGUGGGGGCGCAGCGACCCGCCGAGCCGCCGCUCCCAGCAGCGCCCCCCAGCAGCUUGCCAUUAGGACCUCCUUUUACAGCCGAGGCGGAGAGGUUAAGUGGUUUGCCUCAAGUCACAACCCAGGCAAUUGGGUUCUAAAGUCUGCGCUUUAAACCACCAUGCGAGCCUGGCAGCUUCCUGGCCCUCAUGGCCCGCGUGUUCGUGUACGGGACCCUGAAGAGAGGCCAGCCCAACCACAAGGUCCUGCUGGACCCCACCAACGGCCGCGCCGCCUUCCGCGGCCGGGGCCGCACGCUGGAGGCCUACCCCUUGGUCAUCGCGGGCGAACAUAACAUCCCGCGUCUGCUCAACCUCCCGGGGCAAGGGCGCCUCGUGCUCGGCGAGAUCUACGCCGUGGACGAGCGGAUGCUGAGCUUCCUCGACGAGUUUGAGGGCUGCCCGGACGUGUACCAGCGCACCCCGCUGCAGGUCGCGGUCCUCGAGUGGGAGGGCGCGCGCGGGGCGCCCGAGGAGACGCCGGCCGCCGACGGGACCCUGCAGUGCUUCGUGUACAGCACGGUCACCUACGCACCCGAGUGGGUCCGCCUGCCGCACCACGACGACUACGACUUCCAGGGGGAGCACGGGCUUCGCUACACUCGGCGGGAGGACAGAUGACAAGCGCGAGGGCCAAUCCCCCGCGCGUCCGCCAGGGGCCGGGGGCCGGAGCCCCGACCAUGAGACGCCCUCAGCCCGUCUGCACUCCGCGCACCCGCGUAAGAACGUCCUUUGAAACACUUAUAAAACUCGAUCUGUGGGAAAAGGAACAAUCUCUUUUUCAGCUGCAGCUGCUUUUCCCAAUAUUUUGACACACUGAUCACAAAAUUGUGCCUGAAGUCUGUCUAGCCGACAGCGCUUUGUUGCUUGCCGCUUCCAGAAUGCCAUGGGCUUGAAUAGAUCAGAUAAGGAAAAUUCAGGAUCCUAAUUCCCUAAAUGACAUUUCAAGAACUCGUAUGUCACUUUUUUUUUUUUUUGCUUUGCUUUGAUCUGAAGAUAACAUUUAAAAUGUAGACUUCGUGUAGCAGCUAGAUUUUAGCAACCCUACUGUAUUGAUUCUAACUUGGGGCAGCAAGAAGAAUAAUUUUUUAAACUGAUUUGGGUUAUCUCCGUGUAAUAAAAGAACCUCAAGAAAAACAUUGUGUUUGGGGUAGUUUUAGAGCAUAUAAAACAUUAGUAUUCACAAUUUUCAGAUCAAGCUUAUUAAAGAAGGAGUUACUAAAGAUGAUCAUAUAAUAUUAAACUGGAUGUUUUAGGAAACCAAAUUUAAAAGUGUUGGUACUACUGUUGGCUUUUUUGGGGGAGGGGGAGGGGGCUUUACUUCCUUGGUAGAAGGUUCUUUUCAUUCUAAUCUGGCAAAAUCACAAGCCACCUACUUGCUGGCAGAUGCUGCUGAACACCCCGAUUUCAGAUGGAAGCUCACCCAAGCCCGAGGCCCAGUGGCAAGGUGCCGUCCCUGCCUCCGAAGGGAGCAGCAUUUGGGGGGUUGGGUGGCCUUUCAGAGAAGAACCAACACGUUAGUAAUUUGUUCUUCAGGCCUGACAGAAAGCUUAGCUUCCAAAUACAAACAGCACUUAAAAUAAUUUUAGCAAGGCACGAAGUACCAAUUACUACCCACCUCCAUCUGAUAAUCUGUCAGUGUAGAUUCAGAUCCGCGCACGACUCUGCCUCUGUUUCCUUACCAGCAAAGUAUGAAACGUAUUCCAAGAAUUUCAGAAGCAACUGACAACGCAGCUGCUGAUCCUUAGUAACCUCGUUCUCCGCUGGGAGAGCUCCCUCGCUCUUCGACUUAAUGGUAGACUGUGAUCACUAACUGCAUCUGGCAUAAAAACAGGAUCAGUAUUUUUAGCCCUAUUUUCUUAAUUGGAAACUUGCUUCACAAAAACACAAAAAGGCAAGGAUGGGUAUCAACUGAUGGGCUUGUGGCAGCCACACCCACCACUCCUGGGGUGAGAGAGCCCCAGCAAAGCCUGGGGGAGGGGGAGGGGGGCCGCCCGCCGGGUCCGUGGGCCCCGCACUCACCCGUGGGAGCCGCGCAGGAGGGAUUUCCAAACUCCCCGGUGGCCCCCCGCGGGCUUUUGGAAGUUCAGAAUAGCCACAAAUGGGAGCGAGGUCCUCAACCAGGAAGAAGCAGGGAAACAGAUUAUGAAGGUGGUAAAUGAUAAUUCAGU